UCGCUCAGCGAAAACUUUGCUCUCGCUCGACUCUUUCUUCGUCUUCGUAUAUUUUUAAAUGUUCUGCAAACGAAAGAGCGAACGUAUCCAAAAUUAUUAUAAUCUAGAGAAAGUCUAUCAAAAAAAAUAUUAAUUUAUUGUUUUAAAUGAUUUAUAAAGAAAUUGCAUUCAGCAAUUAGUUAUCCAGUGGAAAACUUAAAUUGCAAACCAAAAUAAUGGACCAGUUUUCACACGAUUUAACAAUUGCUUUGGAGGAGACUUCUCGUAUGGGUGGCGUUCGUGUUGGUAGGUGGGGUCAACGUCGAAGGACCCGAUCCACAGGAAAUUUGCCUUGUGCUCCACAACCUACAGAAGACUCUUCGAGUAGUCCCACAGAUGCAGCAAAUGGUGCACACAAUAAAGCAAAUGUCGAUGGCCUAGAUGGACUGAAUAACUCAAUACACAGCGACUCAGAUGACAGACAAGAAAUGCGUUUGGCUAUUAAUCCGCGAUUACAUACUGGCAACUUGGAAUCAGAUUCUCUAAAUGAAAAUUUCAGCCCAGCCAGAUUCUUUCGCCCGAGCACUCGCCGAAAGCGCAAAUUCAAACGUAUGGCUGUGGAGUACGAAACGACAGCAGCAAAAACACCAACAGUUUCUGGAGGACUUCAUUCAAGUACUAUCGACAACUCUCCAGAAUUUACAUUAACAGGUACCGUAAAAAAAAGAGCUUUACGUCAUGCUAUUCAAGAUAGCUAUCGGGCGAAUUUAUUUUUCUGUGGCAAACGCAAACGCUCACAUCGAGAUCGUUGCCAUGACCAUGAACAUGGAAAAGCACACUCUUCUAGUGUGCCAAGACAGAGUCAUAUGUUUCCGGUAAAACAUUCGCUUCAAGAGCACAAAUCACGCACUAGAAGUUUUUCUUCUACAUCGAAAGUUCCCUGCGAUCGAAUACUUCCCUUAAAUAAAGGUCUUAUUUCGAAAAUUGAAAAGAUCUCUCAGCAACAGCAAAAAAAUCAACAAGAUUCACAUGCCACUCCCCCAAAAUGUGCAUUUUUAUUUACCCCAUUAUCGCCGGUAGCAACGACAACAACAGCAACCAGUGUAGUUGUGCCUCGAAAGCUAGAAACUUCAACUUUCGAUAGUUUUGCAUCGAUAACAGCUGCUGCAGCAGUGGCUACAUGCUCCACAGGAUUAAGCUGCGAAAUUUUAACUAAUCGUUUUAUGCAACAAACUAUUCCAGAGCAUUAUGCGCUAAAACAGCAAAUAAUGACAAGCGUUAGAAAUGAUUUAAAAAAUGAAACGACAACGGCAAGAGGAACUAUUGCGCCUUCACAGGCAGUUCCAGUACCUGGUGCGUAUGGCCUGUCCUUCAGCCAGAGAAAAAAGAAAUAUUACCGUCUGCGCCGGGAGCAGAUGAAGAUGCAACUACAAUUCGAAGACCCCAACUCAAUGGAGUGCGGGGAACUAAAUGAAUUUCUGAGUUCCAGUUCACUCAGCUCUUCAGAGUCGGAAAAUGAAAGGACAAAUGAUUCAGAUCGCGAAGGAGAUGACGAACUAACUGAUUGGCCAGGCAAUGAAGUGAUUAAUAAUUUUGACUCGAAAAAUGAUUUUAAACGCAAACUCACGAAGAAGAGUGGAAAUUUGCAACAAAUUAAAUCCGAUGAGAAUGCUACAAUUGGUGACGAUGAUACCCUAAUGAGCGCAGAUGAAUUAGAUACCCCGGUGAACAGUGUCCACCGUCAUAUGUCAUCGGCUCCAAUAGCAAUAAAUAAAGGACUGCAACUUAAUGGAGGUGUAAGUAAUUUGUUAAGUCAAAAAAGCUUUACAUUGCGCGAUGAAACUAUGGAUCAGUUUCGUUUUCCAAUUCGACAAAUUGAAAGUGAAAUGUCGGGUGAGACAUCGAAUCCUUUUCUGGCAUCACCCCCUUGUAAGCCGGGUGAGAUUCGUGAAAUUCGUGCUGGAUGUAGAAGAAUAAAAGGUGAACGAGCAGCUUUUUCCAUUAAGACAAGUGUUAAUGAGAGGUUGGCACGAUUUCUCCAGGAUGCCAGACAAACGCAUAUUAGACUACCAGACAUUGAGUUUUAUGAGCACGAGAGUUUAAUGAAUUUAGCUAAAUUGUACUCUUUGCAAAUGUCAGUUGAUAAUGGAUGUGCUGUUCUAACUAAAACAAGCAACACAACUCAAUCAGUUCAAAUAGAUCAUCAUGGCCUUCAAAAUUGUUUAUUUUUGAGUGACUUUAAAAGGCGUUGCUAUGACGGACGUUUCGGAAUAACUGAUGCUGACGAGGAUAGCACCAUAGCUGAAGCGGCAGUAAAAUUCGCAAAAGCUGGACAAAGUCCGCCACCAGAAAUAAGCAACAGACUGCCAAACAGUUAGCCACAUAAUAUUGAAUUUAAAAAUAACAUUUAUUCUAAGUUAAUUUUACCAAAUAACCGCCAUUAACAAAGUAUAUAAAAAAAAUAUUUUCACAGAUAUAUAAAUAUAUACAUA